AUGUUGAUUAUUCUAUUUAUAAAGCAUGAACUUAAUCGAUUUCCGAAAUCGAUUGAAUCCAAUUCAACGAUCACGACGAAUACGGUUGCAACAUUUUCAACGCCGCUUGAUGAUUGCUACUGUCAAUUGAAUCUACGAUCUAUUUCUGGUUAUUGGAAUUUAUAUUCAGCAAAAAGUACUACUGAAGAUAAGGAUUCAACGAUAUUUGUUUUUAAUCGAAAGAAUAAUAUCAAAUCACCGUCACGUUUAGGACGUUAUAAUCGUCUUACAUUAAUUGAUCUUAUUCGAUAUGAUAUUUCACAACUUUCUUCACUUACUCAUCCACGAAUUUUACAAGUUCUUCAUGAUCUUAAAGAAAACAAAGAGAUGAUAACUUUUGCUUCGGAACAUAUUCAAGCAAAUUUGGAAGUGGUUGUGAUUAAUGAUGGACUUGAUAGAUUGGAGGUGAAACUUGGUAUCUUACAGCUGAUUGAUGGCCUUUCAUAUUUGCAUAAUAGUGCAAAAAUCCUUCAUGGUAAUUUAACGCCUAGUGUUAUCUAUAUAACGUCAUCGAGAAAUUGGAAAAUUGCUGGAUUUGCCUUUUCAGUAGUUGCUCGUGAACCGAAUGUAUUUCCACGUUUCCCGUGGACCAAAAAAUUACCGUUACCUUUGCAACCGGAUCUUGAUUUCCUAGCGCCAGAAUAUUUGCUAUCAAAUGAAAAUUCGGUUACUUCAGCAGCAGAUGUCUUUUCAUUGGGUGUACUCAUUUGUUGGAUAUGUGCUGGUGGAAAACGAUUAAUUGAUGCUAAAAACAAUGUGGAAACAUAUCGCGUAAUUUGCGGACAACUUGAUACGGCGCUGAAAUGUAUCGCUGAAGAACUUGGACCGAAUUUAUUGGAUGCCAUGGAGAAAGUACUCAGUUUGGAUGUCGACAAACGUCCUACCGUUCAAUUUCUUGCCUUGAUAAAAUAUUUUGAUGAUCCAGUACUUUCUGCACUUCGUCAACUUGAUGAUAUCAUGCAAGUUUUUGAUCCGGAACAAAAGAAUGUAUUUUUAUCGCAAACUCUUUAUGAUAAUUUAUCGAUUAUUCCAGAAAAUUUAUGGUUUUCAAGGAUAUUACCGCGUUUUGAUGAGUUUUUUAUCGAUUGCUAUGAUUUAUAUGCUGCCUUAUCUCGUCCACUAUUCUAUAUGUUAGAUCAAUGUGAAAAUGAAAAUAUAAAUAGGUUGAAGCCAUGGAUAUAUAGGAUCGUACAUCAUUCCGUCCAAUGCACGUUAACUCCUUUAAUUUUGGAAAAUAUGAAUGCAUUAUUUCGACGUCUGUCUGAUGAUAAAGAAGUGGAAGAUCUAAUGCAAGAUUUAAUUAUUAUGUGUGUUAAGUCGCAAGAUAUUCAUAUUCAAGAUAAACUAAUUCGUAGUAUACCAACGAUGGCAGAAUUUCUUUCCAAUCGAUUCCUCUCAAAUCGACUUAUUCCUUCGUUUAAUUAUUUUUCAUCAUACCUUGAUGAUGAUAUUACGAGGCAAUUGAACUUUUUGGCUUGCAUUGGAGCGUUAUCAGAUAACUGCGAUUCAAAUGUAUUGAAUAUGUUAAUUGCGGCAAUACCAAUGUGCAAUAUGAGACAUAGCGUCGUCAUACAUACAGUAUCACGUCUGGUGCAACGAAUAUUGAUGUAUGAUGCUACGCGAUUGCAUGAUCGUGUCGUGAUUUGCAAUUAUCUGUUGAAUCCACUGACACUUGGAUUAGCUUCAAAUGAUCUGAAGGCAACGCAGUUUGAGGAUUUGAUUAAUACAGUGCGAAUUUUAAUUGACAUAGUCGAACAUUUGAGAAAUAUGAGAUCGAAUAUAAAUUCAUCACGUAAAAACUCUGCUUCAUCAUUUGGACGAAUGAGCAGUCGACGGGUAAGUUUGAGUAGCAGUCAUUUACCGCUUGUUAUGAUCACUGCUGAAAGGCCUGCAUGUUCUAGUUGUGGAUACGAUUCAAGUCUAAGAAAGAUAUCGUUCCUGUCUGCAGAUGGUCGGUUGGAGGAUCAACAUCAUACUAGUUCUGGAAUGGAUAGCAAAAGUUCCUUGGAAUCAAACCUUUCAUCGAAGUUAGGUGAUAUUAGUGAUGUGUCAGAUGAACAGCAGUCGUCAUCAUUAAUCGAAACAAAACAACAAUCCUGGUUGGAUGCUGAUAUCGCGCACCUCUUCGACCAACCUGCCACCGAAACAGUAAUUCAGGAAAGGAAGCGCUGCAAAAGUGAACGACGGUCAAGAACACGCUCACCAAUGGUGGAUGAAGUUGGCGGAAAAGGACAACCAACUAGGCCGAAUAGUUUCACCAACUUAGGACAUAACCUGGUGGGGAAUUAA